AUGGUUAAACCUACUGUGCCCGGUGUCUACUCUGCGACAUACAGCAAUAUUCCCGUCUACGAGUAUCAGUUUGGAGAAGGACUGAAGGAGCAUGUUAUGCGCCGUCGCCAUGACGAUUGGAUUAACGCAACGCAUAUCCUCAAAGCAGCCGGGUUCGACAAGCCUGCAAGGACAAGAAUUUUAGAACGGGAGGUUCAAAAGGAGAAUCACGAAAAGGUCCAGGGCGGAUAUGGCAAAUAUCAAGGGACAUGGGUAUCACUUGAGCAAGGAGAAGCUCUGGCUCAGCGAAACAAUGUGUAUGAGAAGCUUCGCCCAAUCUUCGAGUUUACCCCCGGCAACAUUAGCCCACCUCCAGCCCCAAAGCACACCACAAAUAAACCUAAGGCCCCUAAGAAACCCGCGGUUCCGAAAUGGGGAAGCAAACCAGUGGCUCCGGCGCGUGUCGUAGAAGACGACUAUGACAAUAUCAGUGCGCAGCUCAAUGAUGAUGAGAGUGUGGCCGACGAUACUACGGUGGCUUCGGCUUCGUUCAUGGCAGAAGACGAUCGUUAUGACAUUUCCCAGGCAUCAACAGGACAUCGGAAGCGUAAGCGCGAAGAGCAGGCCCAAAAUGCGCUUGAUCAAGCUCAUCUCAGCUACGCCGAUGAACUCCUGGACUAUUUCAUGACAUCAAACCUCGCUAUGUCUGCCCCAAGACCGGAACCGCCGCUGAACUUCCAGCCCGACUGGAUUAUUGAUCAGGAUGGACAUAGCGCUCUACAUUGGGCUGCUGCAAUGGGUGAUGUAGAUGUCGUGAGACAGCUGAAGAGGUUUGGCGCGAACUUGGCUGCGAAGAAUGCUAGAGCUGAGACACCGCUGAUGCGGGCCGUUCUCUUCACUAACUGCAAAGACAAGCAAACUAUGCCGCAGGUCGUUCAUGAGCUGCUCGGAACUAUCGAGGCUACUGACUUCUGCCAAGCUACGGUUCUCCACCAUGCUGCCGCAUCCACUGUUAGCUUGACCAAGCAUAGGGCUGCCCGUUACUACUUAGAUGUCAUUCUCAAUAAGAUGCAGGAAAUGUUUGAGCCUGAACAUAUACAGCUGAUCAUUGACGCUAGGGACGUUGAUGGCAACACUGCUAUCCAUAUUGCUGCUAAGCAUGGCGCUCGGAAAUGCAUUAGAGCGCUGAUGGGACGCGGUGCCCGGACGGACAUUAUAAACAAUGACAGAAUCACAGCGGAGAUUUUGAUACAGGAAGUAAAUGAGAAGCACCUGCGCGAGCUUCACCAAGGAUCGUCGUCACCUUAUGCUCCUGUAAACCCGCCUUCUCAAAUACUUGCCACGAGGGAUUCUGCCGACAAUAACUCCGCAGAUGGAUAUGAAUCUCCUCCACACAACACCCGGAAGUCCAAAGCCCAACCACACUAUUCGGAGGCUGCUAUGUCUGUUGAAAAGAAAGUCUACCCGCUUAUACAAGAGAAGUUCGGGGAGUUGGCAAAGUCAUUUGACGAGGAGUUGAAAGAAAAGGACACCUCUGAGCAGGAAGCUCUACGAAUUGUGAACACUGUCCAUACAGAGCUCAAUGAAAUCCGUGAACGAAUUCUUGAUACGGGCAUGGCGGCAGAUGACCCGCACACUCAAAAUGAAGUGAAUUCACAGCUAGCCCCUGCCGAGCAGAAUAUCACGUCUUUAAUUGAGCAGCAACAGCAGUUGCAGUUACUGAGCCGGGCCAAUCACGAAGAAAACAAAAGCAAUGGGCAUGUAAUGCCAAUCGAGGAUGACCUUACUGAGAGACUUACGUUGGCAAAGAUGCUGGGUGAAGAGCAAGGCAGGAGGCAGACGCUGGUAGCCCUAUACAGGGACGCCCUGGCUGUAGCCGGUGAUGUUGGUGAAAUGGGCGAAGUCUACCGCAAGGUGAUUGCCGACAGUGUCGAUGUGAAGUACACCGAGAUCGAUGAUGAGAUCGAUAACAUACUAGAGGCUAUGCAAGAAGAAGAACUAUGCAUGAGGGGCGAAAUCGUCAUGGGUAGUGAGGUUUAA